UAACCAUCAGAAAUCCUCUAUCACCUCAGCCUGUGGCCUUUAGUCGGCACUGCCUUCCUUCUCCAGGGCAUCUCCUCCUUCAAGGCUCUGCUAAGGAACUGCUCUGUAAGUCCAUCCAGAUCUGGGUUCUCCCUUUGCAGCUCACCUAGGUUUUCUAGAUGCCUUCUUGAGUCUGCUUGUGGCCACCCGCAGACACUUGUAAGGAGCAGAGAAGUCCGCCUGGCAGAGACACUCUGAAAUGAGGGAAUAGCGGCUGGGUUCCAAGGAGCAGGAGCUACAGCCAGAAGACGAGGGAGCAGGUCCUGAAAAACACUUCUCCUGAGAGGUCUGCCAUGGCCUCUCUUGGCCUCCAACUUGUGGGCUACAUCCUAGGCCUCCUGGGACUGUUGGGCACCAUGGUUGCCAUGCUUCUCCCCAACUGGCGAACGAGCUCUUACGUCGGCGCCAGCAUCGUGACGGCAGUUGGUUUCUCCAAAGGCCUCUGGAUGGAAUGUGCCACACAGAGCACAGGCAUCACCCAGUGUGACAUCUACAGCACCCUCCUAGGCCUACCCGCUGAUAUCCAGGCUGCUCAGGCCAUGAUGGUGACAUCCAGUGCCUUCUCCUCACUGGCCUGCAUUAUCUCUGUGGUGGGCAUGAGAUGCACUAUCUUCUGCAAGGAAUCCCGAGCCAAAGACAGAGUGGCGAUAGCAGGUGGAGUCUUCUUCAUCCUUGGAGGUCUCCUGGGCUUCAUCCCAGUUGCCUGGAAUCUACAUGGGAUCCUUCGGGACUUCUACUCACCACUGGUGCCUGACAGCAUGAAAUUUGAGAUCGGAGAGGCUCUUUACUUGGGCAUUAUUUCCUCUCUGUUCUCCCUGGUAGCUGGCAUCAUCCUCUGCUUCUCUUGCCCAUCCCAGGGAAAUCGCUCCAACUAUGAUGCCUACCAGGCCCAGCCCCUUGCCACUAGGAGCUCUCCAAGGCCUGGCCAACCUCCCAAAGUGAAGAGUGAGUUCAACUCCUACAGCCUAACAGGGUAUGUGUGAAGAAUCAGGGGCCAGAGCUGGGGGGGGGGGGUGGCUGGGUCUGUGAAAACCACUGGACAAGUCCCCCCCCCGCCCCCCUCAGGGCUACAGGUGAGGGACACUGCCACUGGAUCAUGUCGGAAGGUGCUGCUGAGGAUAGACUGACUGGCCAUUGGGUCGAGUGAAGGCAGAAGUGGGAACUGGUGUGACAGUAUAAGGGUUCAAUUGUCAAGGAUGCUUGCCAAGCCAGCCUUUCUGUUACCCUCACCUCGUUCCACUGCCCUGAGUUCCCAACCCUCAACUCCAAGCUCCAACCCCUACCUUUGGCCAGGUCUCAGAGGCUCUCCUUGUCUUUUGGUUUGCCUGGGAAUCCAUCCGAACCCUACUGCACUUCCCACUGACUGAACCCUCUCUAUGGCCAAAGACCUUUCCUUUGUGGCUGAGAAUGGCUCGGAGCUCAAUACUGGGGGAGGAAGAGAAAAAGGAAUGGUGGCUUUUAUGCGCAUGGCUCUAAACUUCUUCUCCAGCAUCCCUCCAAAGAAACUGGUCAUAAUGGGCCCUGAGCCUCCAUUCUACCGCCCCAGUUCUGAUUUCAAAGUGUCCAGACUGGUUGGUGCCUGAGCUGAAAUAAAGCCAUCCCACGGCACCCAGGGAAUAGGAAUCAAUUGGGUGUCGAAUGAGAAGAAGGGAAGGCAGCCUGGGGCUACAAUAAGACGAGAACCACUUCCCAGGGAAUUUUCCCAAAUCCCCUCAUACUCGUGGUUCGGGAAUUGCGUCUGCAGCUAGAGGGAAGCAUGAGGAAAGAAGAGUCGGCGGAAAGCUCAAAGCCGCGGCAGGCUGUGAGUCCCCUGAGGAGCUGCCUCGCAAGCUGCGAGCCCAACUUUCACUGAAGCCUCUGCCUCCCGCUGCGGUACCUGACCUGGCUUCCUGUCUAACCCACAAGGCUGAGGGCCUUGGACAAUGAUUUCCUUAGGGACUGCGAACCAGAUUUUCUACAAAUGGUCCUUGGCUGGGGUUAUGAUGGUGUGGGAGUUGUGGGGGACUGAGGAAGAGGUAUUCUAUGCUAGCCAAGAAAGAAUAAGAACUUUGGUAUGUAAUAAACUGGGUAGGUAUGUGUGGUGACUCUAGUGGGGGUUUCUACUGUGCCAGAGAGAGGUGGUCCCCCAGAGUCGCCAGGUCUAACGGAAAACCAGCUGCAAAGGCUGCAAUCAUGCCCCCUGCCCAGGGUCUACCCACAGAGCACUACAGAGCUUCUGAAAGCCACAGCACCAGGCAAGUCCCUUGUCACCCUUCAUACCCUCCCUCUCGUCCAUCAGAAGAUAGUCCAGGGUAGCUAGAGGGCACUUGAGGUGCCACCAUAAAACAUCCAUGUCCAAGGUGCUGUGUCCACGACUCCAGUGAUAACUGAGCUGCUGCCUGGGCCUGCAGUGGGGGUGGGAGAGCAGAGAAUGGUUCCCAGGCAGACAGGUCCACCUCCAAAGUCGGAAAAUGCCCCAUUUCCCCCGGAGUGGAAGUGGGGGUAGUCAGAAACCAAAGAUGCUUUCCCUUAACCGGCCUAAGUCUAAGCGACUUCUGAGAAAACCCCAGGACGCCGCUGCAAACCCCGGUGCCAGCUGCAGAGGCGCACUCACGGUCUCUCACAGGCCUCCGUGUUUCCACCUUCUUGCCUGAUUCGAGCUGCUCCGCCAACCUGGAAGACCCUGGUCCCUUAGCCAAGACCUCCUCAAGCUUGGAGAACUUGCUCAGCACCACGCCCUUCAUUGAGCCUUCUCUGACCACUCCAUCCCUCACCUACCCCUCCUUCCUUUAACCCUCAGCAUAUAAAUUGCUUCUUGAUGCUCAUCAUUAAACAUUUUUGAUUGAUAGUUAUCUUUGUGUGUGUGCCUGUGUGUGUGUCGACAUCACCAUUGUAAGCUUUUCGAGGGACCAUAUCUUAGACCUCUCUGUAUCCGCCCAACUGUCUGUAACAGUGCUGAAC